GCUUGACUCAUGCUCGGCGCGGCGCUUUUGCAUUUUUGCUGGAGACCAGAUCGACCACUUCUCUUCUUCCUUCCAUCCGCCAUACAUAUACAUAUACAGUACCCGCCCAGGAUUUUGCACAGCUUCAGAGCUGUCACGCAAAAGUAAUCAUGUGCGGAAUCUUUGCCUGCUAUCGUCAUCCCGACGUUCAAAAAUUCAAGCCGACGGCCCUGAAGCUGUCCAAGCAAGUUCGGCAUCGUGGCCCCGAUUGGAGCGGAAGCAUCAUCUCCAAGAACACGAUCCUUUGCCAUGAGCGAUUGAGCAUUGUUGGCGUCGAUUCGGGUGCCCAGCCCCUGACCAACGCCGAUGAGACCCUCGUCCUCGCCGUCAACGGCGAGAUCUACAACCACCGCCUGAUUCGCAAGCACCUCAAGGAGGCGUACCACUUCAAGACGCACUCUGAUUGCGAAGUCAUCAUCCCUCUGUACGCCGAGUAUGACAUCGAUGCCCCCAAGCACCUGGAUGGCAUGUUCUCGUUCGUCCUGUACGACAAGAACCAGGACCGCAUCAUUGCCGCCCGUGACCCGAUCGGCAUCACCACCUUCUACCAGGGCUGGUCGUGGAAGGAACCCGGCACCGUCUACUUUGCCUCCGAGCUCAAGUGCCUGUCCACGGUGUGCGACAAGAUCGUCGCCUUCCCGCCCGGUCACAUCUUCGACUCCAAGACCGGCAAGACGACUCGCUACUUUGAGCCCACUUGGUGGGACCCUACCAAGGUCCCAUCGGCCCCGAUCAACUACAAGGAGAUUCGACAUGCGCUGGAGAAGGCUGUGAGGAAGAGGCUCAUGGCUGAGGUCCCGUACGGCGUGCUGCUGUCUGGUGGCCUUGACUCGAGCCUUGUCGCCUCCAUCGCCCAGCGAGAGACGUUGCGGCUGAAGCAAAAGGCUCUGGAUGCCAACGGUGGCGUUCUCCCUGGCGGUGACGCUGACCGCGGUGAGGGCCUAGUCGGCAUCGACGAUGACGACAACAUCGAGACUGUGACGUAUCUGCCGCAGCUCAACUCCUUCUCCAUCGGCCUGCCGGGCUCACCCGACAACGAAGCCGCCGUCAAGGUUGCCAAGUUUCUCGGCACCAAGCACCACGUCAUGACUUUUACCAUCGAGGACGGCCUCAACGCUCUAUCAGACGUCAUCUACCACCUGGAGACGUACGACGUCACCACCAUCCGCGCCUCCACACCCAUGUAUCUGUUGUCUCGCAAGAUCAAGGCCAUGGGUAUCAAGAUGGUUCUGAGCGGCGAGGGUAGCGACGAGAUCUUUGGCGGCUACCUGUACUUCCACGCCGCGCCGGACAAGGAGGCCUUCCACGAAGAGACGGUCCGCCGUGUCAAGAACCUGCACCUGGCUGACUGCCUGCGUGCCAACAAGUCGACGUCGGCGUGGGGCCUCGAGGCCCGCGUGCCUUACCUGGAUAAGGAGUUCCUCGAGACUUGCAUGUCGAUUGACCCUCAGGAGAAGAUGAUCACCAAGGACAGGAUUGAAAAGUACAUUCUGCGCAAGGCUUUUGAUACGACUGACGAGCCUGACACCAAGGCCUACCUGCCCGAUGAGAUCCUGUGGAGACAGAAGGAGCAGUUCUCGGACGGUGUCGGCUACGGCUGGAUCGAUGCGCUCAAGGACAACGCCGAGCUGCACGUUACGGACGACAUGAUGGCCAACCCCAAGCCGGAAUGGGGCACGGACAUCCCUGACACCAAGGAGGCGUACUGGUACCGUCUGAUGUUUGACGAGCACUUCCCUCCGUCAUGCGCGUCGACCGUGAUGCGCUGGACGCCCACAUGGUCCAAACAGUCGGACCCCAGUGGCAGAGCCAUCUCCACGCAUCAGGCCAAGUAUGAUAACGCUGCCUGAGGGCAGAGAUGAGUAAGCAUUGAGCGGGAGCCUUGGACAGGUUAUAGAAAAGUUGGUCACGACGGUCGUCCCCUUUUACGUUUCGCAAUGUCUAGAGAAGUGACUGGUUGGGAACUUGAGAUGGCGUCUUUUGGUCUCAGUUAGCUGGCCGAUGUAGACGAGGGACCCAAUUUACCAGAUACCACAUAGGCACGAUACGAAGUACAAGGCAAUCAAAUCUCCAUGUGCAAGUUCAACCACAAAGCAUUGAGAGCGCCGAGGCUGCGGUUGGAUGGAUGAACAUGGCGAUUUCGGGCUAAGCGCAGUUCGUGCAGUAAUUGGGUGUCAAUGCACCGAACACCGCGGAAGCCCGUUCGGAAAUAUGUGUCAUGCGCAGUGGGGAUUGGUGCUUGGAGAACCUGGUCUCCAACAAGCGCUACGGCUGGGAUGAAGACUGACUGUUGCGCCCACGGCGGUGGUUGUGAAGGAUGUCACGAUGUCACGAGGGCCCCGAGGGCGCCACCAACCCGCAGACGCUCGGGCAGCCACUCAUCACAGAGAAAAGAGAAC